AUGGCUGCUCACAGAUUGCAACGCUACGCUGUAUUUUUAUCAGGUUAUUCGUAUAAAAUAGAAUUCAUUAAAGGGAUUGACAAUGGUAAUGCGGACGCAUUAUCUAGAUUGCCAGUAAGUGGAACAGAUUCUAUUAAUGAUGUUGAAUGUGAUAAAUUUUAUAUUAAUCUGAUUACUACCAAUGUCAAAACGAUUGUAGAUUUGGACAUUUGUAUGGAAGUAAAAAAAGAUAAAAUAUUGAGAGAAGUGAAGGAGCUUACUGUUGAACAAGGGUGUCUCCUUUGGGGCCAUAGAUUAGUCAUUCCAAAUAAGUUCAGACAAGAAUUGUUGAAUGAGUUACAUCACACUCAUAUGGGUAUAGUGAAAAUGAAAUCUUUAGCUAGGUCAUAUAUUUGGUGGACAGGCAUUGACAAUGAUAUUGAGAAUAUGACUAAAAGUUGUACUUCAUGUUUAGCUAACAGUAACAACCCACCUAAGAGUAUUCUACAUAGUUGGCCUUGGCCUGAGGGCCAUUCAAAACGGGUACACUUAGACUUUUUGGGACCAGUAGAUGGCAGGAUGUUUGUUAUUUUAAUUUAUGCUUAUUCGAAAUGGGUUUUUGUGAGAUAUAUGCCUAAUAUCACUACUGCAAUGACUAUUAAAAUAUUAAAGGAGUAUUUUUCGUUAUGGGGCAUUCCUGAAAAAUUGGUUACAGACAAUGGAUCUUCUCUACGUUCUACCGAGAUGAGUGAAUUCCUUAGCAAAAAUGGUGUAUUUCAUAUUAGAACCCCACCAUACAACCCUUCUUCGAAUGGGGCAGCGGAGAAUACAGUUAAAACUUUUAAACAAUUCUUAAAGAAAUGUGCUAAAAAUACUGACAUGGAUACUAAUAUUUGUAAUUUUGUUUUAUCAUAUAAUAGUACUAAACAUUGUGCGACUGGAGUUAGCCCAGCGGAGUUGCAUUUAGGCAGGCCUUUAAAUACAUCACUUGAUAGAUUAGUACCUUUUGCUAAACAUAAAUAUAAUAAAAGUUUGGAAAAUGCUAAAAAGAAUUAUAGAGGGGGUAGAGUUAAGAGUUAUGAAGUUGGAGAUAGCAUAAUGUGUAAGAAUUAUAGCCCAGGAAAUAAGUGGAUACCGGGUAAUGUGUGGAAAAAAUUAUCACCGGUAACUUACUUAAUUAAAACUUUAGAUAAUAAUGUUGUGAAGAGACAUCUAAAUCAAAUAAUUGACAGGCAGUGUAAGAAUCCUAGUGGUCAAAUAGAACAAACAGUAUUAUUAAAUCAGUUACCGUAUAGUGAGGAGGAUGAUAAGGCAGAAAAAUCUAUUGAGGAGAGAACUAUUGGUAGUGAGGAGGUCUUACAUGAACAAGAUGAGAAUGAUGAUAAUAUAGGAUGUGAGAAUUUGGUUAGGAAGAGUGGCAGAGUAAUUAAAGCACCUAAUCGUUUAGAUUUAUAA